AAACACUCAACAUGGCAGACCGAGGUAUGAGUGGUUUUGUGGAAAAUCAUUCAAUCUGAUUUGAAAAAUAACUCCUUUUUUACCUGAUUUUGACUUCAUAUUCUUUCGUAGGAAGCCAAUUACAACAAGGAAUCAAAGUUUUGACUUUUCCAGAGAAGUCCUUGCCAGAGUUUCCGGAAUUGGAUCUUAAAGUCCCUUGUAUUUUCUGUGAGAAGGAAUUCCCAAACACCUCAGGGAAAAAUGAUGCUGUGCUGCAUCACAUGCUGAUAGAACAUCAACUUGUUAUCGGAGACGUUGGUCAAGUCUGUGACCUGAGGAGGUACGAGAACACGUCGUUUCAAGGAAGGGAACUUUUUUUGUAACUCAUCGUUGAGUUUCGACACCUUAUGUCAUUAAAUAAUUAGAUAAACAGAAAUUUAUAUUCCGCAGGGACAAAUUCACCGGGUGGCUCUUCGUCUGAAUUCGAAUUCAUUAUGCUUUGCACAGGUAUCUUUGUUACUGGAAAACAAGACUAAAAGAGAAACCCAUAACAGAGGUGUGUCCAGUCAUCAACAUCAAUUCCAAACCUGAUGGUACGUUUGCUACAUAUUCCACCUUGAUGAUAUUAUUUGUUUAGUCCCUUUGGUACUUUAACUGCUGAUAAUAGUUAGGAAGUAAUCACCUUUAGGCCCUUGUUAUGUCAGCUGAUAAUGCCCAUGACUGAGAGAGAAUAUUAGGCCAAGAAGCAAAGCUUUGGGUGCACAAUUGUAAAAUUUUGAGGACAAUCUCUCACCCAAGGACAUUAUCAGCUGACUCCUUAGCAAACCAGAAGGAGGUUUAUUUAUUUUAUAAACCUCCCAUUAAUUUUAAUAUUACAUGUUGACAAAAAAAAGUGCAAUUAUUUUUUUGAACUUAACAGAGCAGCAUUUGGGUAGUUUUUUUAAAGUCACAAAGCAAGUUUGUUUUUCAUCCAUGUGAAGGAAUAAAGAUGAAGAAAAGAAAACUCUUGAGUUGGGCUUUUCCUGAGGCUUUCCAUCUUUUUUAUAGAAAUAAUCAGAGUAAAAAUUUGGAUGUAGAUGGGGGUUAUUGCAUCAGAACUAUCUGGUGAUUUUGCACCAUGUGAUGUAAAGUAGCCAAUAGAAUAUUAAUGGAUGGGUCAUGACAAAUUGUGCUGACCCUUUGACCCCUGAAGAGUGACUAGCAUGUAAUUUUUCCCAUACAAUGUCACCCCCAAAUCAAACAUGAAGUUCACAAGAUUAAAGGAAAUGAUUACCAACUAAAGAUGCUCUUGGUCAUUGACCCUUUCACUCCCUUUCAUCUCUAACUGCAGCACAUUUCUGAGAAUUUAGAGUUAGAUCAAGAAAAAAACUUCUAUUUGAUAAGUUUGAGUAUUUCCAUUAAUAGCUGUUUGCUAAAUAAUGGAUGGAUAAUAUUGGGAGAAGUUGCAUGUUAAUCAGUUGUGGGAGUUAAAGUGUUAAACAAAUUCUCUUUGUUAGCACCUCAGGAGAUGUACAGAGGAAAGUAUCGAGAAUCUGCACAGUAACAAUGGGAUGGUAGAGUUAAGAGGGAAUGAGGACAAUUUUGCUGUUAAUCUUGAAUCAGAUCAGAGUUUCCAAAACAUUCUGGGAGUUCCCAUUUCAUAAGAUUGCAUUUGAUUAUUAGGGAAAUGCUAUCAGUUAGUGAUCCCUAUAAGAGUUGUAGAUUUGAUCCAAUGAUUAAGAUUACUAACCCUUAAAACCCAACAUUAGUAUGCAAAUUCUCCAUACUGUUCUCUGUAUUUCCCAUGGUACUUACAAGGAUAACUUUAUUUGUCCAACAAUCAAUAGCUUCCUGAGUUUGCAAUAGUUUCCUUUAUUCUUAUAACCUUAUGAUGCUUGAUUCAGGGGUGAGAUGAUAUUGAUCUUAGUGGCUAAAGGGUUAAUACAAUUAUGUGGACAAGAAAGAAGUCAUAAAUAAAUUGAAUUUGCUCUUAAAAAUAUUAUUAAUUUGUUUAGUUAACCCUUUACCCCCCUAGCAUCAGUAUCCAUGUGUUCCAUACUAUUCACAAUACAUUUCCUAAGGUGCUGACAAAGAGAGUUUAUUUAAAAUCAACAGCUGCUUUAGUUGGUGAUCAUUUUUCUCUAUUCUCACAACCUUAAUGUUUGAUUCAAGGGGUGAUAUUUUAAGGAGAAAUUAGAUGUUAGUCACUCUCAGGGGUUAAAGAGUUUAAGCUUUUCUUUUAAACUUAGAGUUCUCAAUAGAAAUGUUGUCACUAUGUGCUUUAGUAGAAUAUAAUGAUUUGAACAAAAAUGUUUUUCAUUUUGACAGAUAUUGGUCCUAAGAUUCAAUACUUCCUCUUGUGUGAUUCACUUCCUGAAGAUAGGAAUCUAAGGGAAGAUUUGCAACGUCAGAGGCUGGUAGGGUUAGGUGUUUCCUACUUACUUUUAAACCUUUACAGCCUAACAUAAGAAUACAUGUUCUCCAUACUGCUCUCUAUGCAUUUCUUAAGAUGCAUAAGGAGAAUUUGUUUAACAAUCAGUAGUUCAUUUAACUGGCAAUCAUUUCCUGUAUUCUUGUUACCUUUAAAUUUAAUUCAGGGAUGACAUUGUAGGAAGAAAUUAGAUGCUUGUCACUCAUAGGGGUUAUAGAGCUAAGUCACAAUUUGGCCUGUCCUAGUUACCUGUAUGCAUGCAUGGUUUCACCCUCCUAAACUAGAAUCUGGUUUUCAAGUAUUUUAAUCAGGAAUGGUAAAGAAACAACUUACAAUUUCUUUUCUCGAAAGGAAGAUGUUCUUGAGUGUCAGCAGCGAGAAAGAUCAGAUACACACUUUUCAAGAGGCUGUCUUUUCUGUAAACAACACUUUGAAGGCAACAGGUUUGUUGAACAUACCAUGUGCUAGUGAGGCUUUUGAAUGUAUUUUUCUUCGAUUCUGAUGUAGCUUUUUUAAUGCUUAAAAAGAAGCUUUUUGGAACAUGGUUAAUGGUUAGUGGGCUAAACUUUGCAUUAAGAAGCCUUGCAGUCAGUGUGUUGUGCUCUCAGGCAAAAUAAUUUAUUCUCACGAGGCCUCUCUUUACCAAGGAGAAUAUAAUUAUAAUAGGUACUGAAUAAUUUUCAGGAAAAGCCUAAAAUUAUUUCCUAAUUGUUCAUACUGGAGCUGUUGCUAAUUUUCUCUUUCCCAAAGACCUGAAAGCCACAAGGGAGUCUUUGGGAGUUGAAGGGGGUUUAAAAUUGUUUUUUGGAAUGAUGAUUAUCAUUCUUUUGUCAAUUAUACCUACCUGACAGGUGUGUAGAUUCAUGAAUUGUAAUAAUAAUUCAUUGCUUUCAAUAAGUCCUUUCACCUGCCAAAGCUAUAGAGGGUUUUCUGUUGUGACUAACUGGGUAUACUUUGGAAGCUUUCAAGCAAACUCACUGAGCCUAAAACAGCUCAAAAUCUUCUAGAGUUCUUUCAGGCAACUUUUACCUCUAUAAACAAGUUUUGAUAAAAAUUUAUUGAUAUUGUCUUAUCAUAUAUUCCAGCAUACAUUUCAUACAUUUCCAGUGAAAAAAGAUUUUAAGUUUCCAAGAACACACUUACCCAAAUUUUGGCACCCAGAAACCAUAUGUCAUUUUAAAGGACUUUUUGUGUGAAACUCAGGGAGCAGGUUUGCACAUCAGCAAAUGGAAGACUUUAAUUAGAAAUAAAAGGAUCGGUUAAACAAUUGUAACAAAGGAGAGGAAAUUUAAUAAUCAUCUAUGGUAGUUUAACACCCAAAACUCUGUUUGAAGCCAGUUUAUUCUGAAUGGAAGUAACGGGAUAACAAGAAGGAAAUUGUUUUUCAUAUUAUUCUCCAGCAGGUGCUUUACCAAGGCAACCUCCUUCAUCAAAUCUUAUUGAAAGCACUGUAAUAUACAUGUGGCAAAAUAUUUUCUAAAACAACUUUCUCUUUCAUUUAAGCUACUCUAUCUGACAACAAAAACAAUAACAAUACUUUGUUUAAGCUGGCUAGACAGAGGAGCAUGUGGCUCGUUGGAACGUGGGCAUGAAAAUAAAUACCUAAAGAUAAAUAGCAAUGAAUAUAAUAAUGAAGAGCUUAAAUAAUGUAAAUUUUAAGUUCUGUACUACUAGGUACAAACAAAUGCUCCUAUAAACUACUAUGUACUACAUAGUUGGAUAAGUAGAUGUGCACAUGUAAAGAGGAUUCAAGUUGAUCAAAAUUGUUUUGCAGACAACUGGUCAGAGACUAAUCACAUAUUGUGUUCUAUCCUUAGGUCAUCAUUAUUUACACAUAUGGCAUCAGAUCAUGGAUUUAAUGUAGGCCUUCCUGAUAACUUAGGUGAGAUAAGUAUCUUAUCUUAAGAUACCUAAAGAAUUGGAUCAAAGUUUAAUCCUUAAACUCUCUAAGAUCUGAUGAUUGAUUCUCCCCUCUAGCUGCUACACAUUUCCUAGUUAAUUAGUUAUGAGAAUGUGGUGUUAGAUCUAGAUAACAACUUUAUCCUCUUUACCUGUUUGAUGUAUAAUGUAUGGAUAUUAUUAGGAGAAGUUGCAUGUUAAUCGCUUCUGGAAAUUAAUGGGUUAAUUAUUCAUGUGCUCUGUAGGAGCACUGGGUUUAAAAUUUAAGGUUGUUUUUCAGUAUCACAAAUCACUAGAGUGCACGUGUGGGUCCAAACCUUUUUUAUGUAGGCUUCAACAGAUAAGUUUUUUUCACUUGUAUUCAAAUGCUUAUUACAUGCCUAGUAGAGACAUUCAUAUGAACUUUUUGUGUCAGAUAACUGUGAAAACUAUUUGGAGGUUGUGCUGAGAUUUUACCAUGAUUACAAGCACCCACCCAAAUACAUGAAGAUAUGCAUCUAGAUGAUAUGUGAUGAUACCAAAUAACUUACCCACACAAUUAAUGUUUUUUUUCCCUUUUCUCCUAGUGAAUGUAAAUGAAUUCCUAGACACUUUGGAAACAAAAUUAACCAAGUAAGCUUGUGAAAAUAUUGUCUUGGAGAUAAUUCUUGUGUGUUUUAACAUUUGUUAUUGUAUGAUGGUGUUAAAAAUAUUUAUGAUAUAAUGAUGAUAAUGAUGAUGAACACUUCCACCACUAUCAGUGUCAUAAGGUUGAAAAAUAUCCUGCGUUGUUCAUGCAGAAAUUAGGCAAAUGUACAGUAAUGUUUUCUAAAUUCAAUUUUAUGAGAAAAUUUUAAUUAUCUUGUGUAUUGUGGGUCUGCUUUCACUGCCUGUUACAACAAAAGUUCAAAACAAGUGAAUUGGAAAGCAAAGUAUGAUCAUUUAUGCUCUCUGUAAUCAAAGUUUUGAAGAAACCUGAACAUCAGAGGAAUUACAAGCUCAAAUUUCCUCGAAACUAUGUGGUGAAAUUCAAAACUUAAAAUAGAAAUAGUUCAGAUAGAUUGUGCUACUUGAGAAGACAAAUGAACAUUGAUAAUUGAAUUCUAGUCAAGUCUUACUUAUUCUUAUCUUGAUAUGAAUAUGCCAAUGUAGACCUCUUGGACUCCUUUUGGGAGAAGUGAGUCUAAAUGUUGCUCUACAGACUCAAAGCAUAAUAAAACUUGCUUCUAGUAAUUUUCUUUAAGUUUGCAGUGUUUAUUUUGUGAGAAAUUAUUCAAAGACAGAACAGCACUCAAAGAUCACAUGAGAAAGAAACAACACAAGAAAAUCAACCCCAAGAAUAAGGAAUAUGAUCGAUUUUAUGUCAUAAAUUAUCUGGUAGGUUUAAGGACUUGGAUCGUUUUUGGUUAUUGUUGUUAAUUGAUAUUAAGAGGACAUUCACAAUUUAGAAGCCAGAUCAUUUGUAAGUUUUGAGGGGUAAUGUCAAAUUUUGAUUUUUCUUUUCUGUUGCGAAAGGUGACCUCGUCAUGCGAUGAACAACAUGUCAAUGAUAAUUUUGCUGUUGUAUUUGUUCUUUACGAAAAGGAAUUGGGAAAAACUUGGGAAGACAUUCAAAAUGAAAUUGAAGAGGAAGAAGAUGUAGACUCUAAAACUGAUAAGAGUGAUGAAGAGUAAGUUUCAUUGAUCGAUUUUUCAUCUUUAAGGAUAUUAUUGGCCUCAUAUGGGUUAAUAACAAAUGCAAUUGAAAAGGCAUUCAAAGUAUUUUAGGUUUGCAUUAUGCUAUCAACUACCUUCAGAGAUUUAUGGGGAGCCAUUUGUGCCAAAAAUAGAAAUCACUUGUAAUAAAACGCAAUCGUUAGUGCUAAAAUUUCAAUCGCUAGAGAUAAAACUCGAUCGUUAGUGCUAAAAUGUCAAUCGCUAGUGAUAAAACUCGAUCGUUAGUGCCAAAAUAUAAAUCGCUAGUGAUAAGGCUCAAUCGUUAGUGCUAAAAUAUCAAUCGCUUAUGAUAAAACUCAGUCGUAAGUGCUAGAAUCGAUUUGUUAACGAUUUUAACUCGAACUGGUCUCCCGCUUGUUAAGCGAAGAUGAACCUAUCACAUCUUGCUUACUGUCUUGAAAUCUGAUAAGUGACAAUGAAAUGAGGAUAAAGGUAAAGACAGACCGGCACUAACUCCCCAUGUGGCUUUUGUGGUAGCGCCGCAUUAUCGCUUUCAUAAUAUUUUUCUCUCAUAAACCAAACUUUUCCCUGAGGUAGUGCGCUGGGAUCGGAAAAAACAAAGAACCACAUCCGUUUCGUGUUAAAUCAAACUGGAUGCCACCUGUUCAGCCUACCAUUGCCCUUGAGAGGGACUUGAGAGCCACUUGGAAAAUGUCAAAGCACAGCUUGCAGAGAUCACUUAAACCAAGCCGAAAAAUAAUUUGUCACGAAAAGAGGUCACGGCUCUAAAAGAGUUGAAAAACAACUCUGCUUUAAACCUCCAAAAAGCAGACAAAGGUACAACAACAGUUACAAUGAAUAAGAUAGGAAAAAAGGAAGAGGCCAAAGUGCAACUCGACAACAGAGUUCACUACAAACCUCUUAGAGCAUCGAUAGUCAGGCAAGGGUUAAUGGAAUCAUUGACCAAAUGAAUUGCGGCAAACACAUUGAUGACAUGACCAAGAAAUGGCUUUCACAAACUCCCAAUCCGCCUAGAAUCCCAAUAUCCUAUACGCUCACGAAAAUACACAAACCUAUACCGGUCGGUAGACCUAUAAUAGGGACCUUAAGCAAACCACGACGGCAACGAGGACGUGGAAAAACAAAAGAUCUAAUUGGCAGAACAGUAGCUCAGCACGCGCGUAUUAAAACUUUGUACAUUCUUAGCCGUCUUUUGCAAAACAACAACGUGAAAUCACCACAAUUUGAGUCGUCUGGGAACCAAAACCGCGACGGCAAAUUAUUUUAAUUUCCAUUUGGAACUCAACGCUUCUUUUAUACGCUAUGCUGAAGUUGAGGUGUGGCACCGUAUGAGACGGUAAACAAAUGCAUCCAUUUUUGAAAUUCUAAUCAAAGGCAGAAAUUCAUUUUUUUUAAUCGGAGUCUUCCUUAGCGUUGCCGUCCUGACUGCCUAAAGUCCCUAAUCUCAGGUCGCGACGGCCCUACUGAGAGAAUAUCAUCUUUUGUGGAGACACUACUCCAGCCUAUCGCGCAAAUGCAACAAUCCUGGAUACCACUGCUUCUAUCGACUUCUUAGAAAAAACAAGAUAGGAAAAGGCACUAUUCUAGUAUCAAUGGACGUUCCUAGCUUGUACAAAUAUACCUCGAGAUGAAGGAACGAAUAUAGUAUGUGAAGCAUACGAAAAGUUUCACAACCAUAACGCACCUAUCCUAACGCACUACCUUAGGGACAUGCUUGGCUCAAUCCUUAAAGAAAAUUCGUUUCAAUUCAGUGAGGAGAACUUCCUCUAAACACACGGAACCGCUAUGGGUACGAAAAUGGCAGUGUCAUUUGCCAAUAAUUUUAUGGCGGAAACUGGAACGAAAUUUAUCCUACAAAGCGAAACCAAGCCAAGAGAAUGGAGACGUUACAUAGACGACGUUUUCUCCCUUUGGGAUUGCGACAGAAAAGAUGUAGAUAGGUUUAUUAAACGAGCUUAUUUCCACCUUACUAUCAAAUUCACGGCCGAAAUAUCAGAGAACCAAAUCACUUUUCUCGAUAACAGAUUGUUUAAAGGAGAAAGAUUCGGAUCCCAUCUUGGACUUCAAAACCCAUUACAAGCCGUCACCGAGAACUUCGCUUCGUGCCACCCAUCACGCGUAAAAUAUGGCUUCAAUAAAGGCGAAGCAAUAAGAUUGUCUAGAACCAACUCUUCGAAAGAAACAUUUAAAGAGGGCCUUUUGAAAUUUAAACAACGCCUCAAAGCAAGAGGGUACCCGGAAAACAUCAUAGAGAGGUCUCUAUCAGGGGUCAACUUUGCCUUUAGACAAUCAGCUCUUACACGUACACAAAAGCCAAAAGGUCACGAACGUUUAUUGCCUUUUGUGACAACGUACCACACGGCUUAAUCCUUAAAAAUAAAAAAUUUCAAACAAAUACUGAUGGAGCAUUUGAGUCUGAUACACAAUCAGCCCUUGCUGACAACAAUUUUUACAAAACCUCCGAUCAUCUCUUACCAAGGAAAAUCCCUUUAAACACGCUUGUGAGAGCAAAAAUGUAAUUUAAAGGCGAUAAUGCGACGCGACCACAAGAGCCACAUGUCGACACAUGGGGAGUCCGUGCCGGUCUGUCUUUACCUUUAGUCUCAUUUCAAUGUCCCUUAUCAGAUUUCAAGAAAGUAAGCAAGAUUUGAUUGGUUCUUCUUUGCAUAACAAGCGGGAGACUGGUUCACAAGCGAAUGAUGUUUAAGCACUAACGACUGAGUUUUAUAAAUAGCGAUUGAUAUUUUUGGCACAAUUGGCUCCCCAUCAUAACAAACUUCAUGAUGUUUGGCUGAAUUCCAGUGCUGCUGUUAGCUAAAAAAGUGCCUUUAACCCCUAAAUGUCGUGUGUAAUCAAGUAACUAAAGGUGUAACAUUCUAUCCUGUUGUACACUGGUAAUUUGUGAUUCAAUAUUUUUCUUAACAUGUUAUACAUUCUAUGUAGUUAAUAUUUUAACUUUUGUUCAAAAACAUGUUUCUUUCACCAUCCAAAGUCUCCCGAUAACAAGAGGUUUCUCCUGUGUCCACAUCAAUGUUAAGGGUCUGUGUGAACGUUUAAUACUAAUCAAAAAACUGAAAAAUCAAAGGUAUCAGUUUAAUUUUUUCUCUAAAUCACAAACCAACAAACCAACAGACAAUGGGUUAUAGGCCUGAAGUCUCUCCUUCAAGCUGAGUGUCUCAGUUUGCUAAAAUUUAAAUCAAUUAACAAACAAGGCGAGGCUGCCCUGUUUUCCUCCACUGAUAAAUUAACACCAAAAAUAAUUUCUCGGCAGUGACUGGAGUGACUGGAAGGGUGAUUUACCACCGUGUGUUUGCUUGUUCUGUGAAUCUUCUAGCCCUGCCACUAAUGAGAUUCUACAGCACAUGAAGGUACACGUACAUGUAGAUAGAGGUGAAGCCAGUGUCCAUAAUUGACUGUCAAAAAAAAGUAGAAUUUGAUAUUUGUCAUUCACCGGUUGAUAUUUACUGCCCUGAAGCACGCAUUACAUUGCUGAUUCUACAUACAAACAUUGUCACCGUUCAUUGUUUUGUCUUUACUUAGUCGUUGAACAACAUUCUCUCUCUCUCUCUCUCUUAGGAGGAGCAUUUAUUCGAUUUUUACACUAUUAAGAGCUCUUUUGGUAAGUUUGAUGUAUGGCAACAGUUUAAUCAACAACCGCAGUAUAAUAGUAAAGUCGAUAUUAAUUAAAAACAGCACUCUGAACCCUCAAACUCCGAACAGUUUUCCUCAAAAUUUGAUUCACCUUCCAGUUAACAGAUGAUCAAAAUGUACAACCCUUUCAUAUUGAGGGUGUAAAACAGUAAAUUCUAUAUUAGGAAUUGGACAACAUUUCGCUAAGUAAAUUGCUAGAAAACCUGCACCUCUUUCCCGUGGUUAGGGAAACUUGCUUGAUUUUACCUUGGGGUUCUCAUCAGCUCCAUGACAUGUUAUCUCAUGUUGUAAUUUGCCGUCGUCAUUACUUUGGUUUUUGGUUCUGCUUUUUCGAAACUCGAUCAAAAUGCACUAUAAGAGGAUCUUUCGAGUAUAAGGUUUAACCCUUACACUCUGACAGACAGCUUUAAAUAGCUUAGCGUUCAAGGUCAAAUUCAAUAUUCUUCAUACCUUGGGGUAACUUCGUGUCUUUGGAGCUCGUGGAGCUAAUUAAAUAUUACAGAAACCUACAACACAAACUCAAUUUGGCUGAACGAAGUGAAUUAAUCAGUCAGUCAAUCUUGAUAGUAAAAUUGUCAAUCAGUGAUAAUAGCUAAUUCACAUUAUAUUUGUACAUAGACAUUUAUUUAUGAACAGGCUAAAAGGUCUAAAUUAUUAUUUUUUCAAUUAGGUCUGGACUUUUAUCACCAAGUUAAAAUCGUCAAUUACAUAAGAAGACAGGUAUAUGUUUAUAUGUUUAUGUGCAGUGUCAGUUGCAAGCGCUUGAUCUACACAGAUUUAGACCAGUGUCCUAGAAGAUGUUCAUAUCAGUCCGUUAGCGGAUUUGGACCGACCCCGGCGAUUUAAAUCCUCGGACUUCUUUUCCGCCAUUGAAUCUCAACAUUAUCGGUGUACUUCUUGGUUUUUAUUUUGUUUUGUUUUGUUCUACUGAUCUUUUGGUGUCAAACACCGUGAGAACUUUGUUGCCGGCGGCCGACCGAUUGUUUGCCGACUGUUGGCCGAUAGUCGGUUGAGGGAAGCUGUUCUUCACAGUUACCUUUAUAGUGGGUUGGUUUGGAGGUCAGUCAUGGUGGGUGGAACGAAACUGCGAUAAGAGGGUAUUAUCAUUAACCAGUCCCCACUGUAUUUUUGCAGGUUUACAAAAAUAACUGUAUUAAGUGUCAAGAGAAUUUCCAAGACAAGGUCACUGUUUUAGAACACAUGAAAAAAGCUCAACACUUCUCUGUACCUGAAGACCGUACGGUGUGGGAUCAACCACAGUGAGUUUUUAUCUCCUUAAUUUUGAACUUUUUAGUUCACUUUACAAAUGUUAUGUAAUUGAAAUGUUAUGUAGUUAGAUGUUUCUGGGCUUCUUGUUGAUACGUUCUAGAGUUCGAUGUUUCUAUAGUUUUCACCGUUUAAAGUGUUUUAUUUGCAUGAAACUUUUGGACUUUUUAUCGGCGCAAGGUACACAUCUGUGAGUGUUUUCUCUCUAAAUUAUUAGUGCUUCAGAUUGUUUAUUACACGGUCCUAUGUGCCGCUAUCUCGCACAGAGCACAGGUGUGGUGUCAGCUCCCAUGGUUAUGAAAACACAGCCAAUUGGAAAAAUCAGCGCGUAGCUUUUUGGUAAUAGUAUUUGGUUGCAGUUGGAGUUGUAGCUGGAUUUAAUAGACGUUGUAACAGCAAGGCAGUAGUACAUUUAACAAGAUGCUAUUGUGAUCCAAGACUCCUGAUACCCUUCGCUCAGCGAGUCUGCUCAAGCUAUCUUCCCCCAGGGUCGCAACACAAACAAUAGCAACAAUACAUAAUUCAAGCAAAGGACUACACGUCAGGAAAAUCGAUAAAAUGUGCCUGUUUUCAUUUCCAGGUAUUAUUUCCCAACUUACGAAAAUGACGCAUUGUUGUGCAGUUUGGAAGAUGACGAAGAAGACGAGACAGAGGACAGAGAUGAUUUUGCACAAAAUACUGAUGCAUAAGGAUCAAAGUAACUCAAAUAAAUAGGGUGCCUCACAUUGGCUGAUGGAGGGGACUCAGUUCUACAGCAAUUGCGAGGACCUAGGCGAAUGACCUAGGUCAGAAUGCGUACCUGAAUUCCGUUUACGAAUUGGAUUCCUGAUUAAUCUACACCAGAAGUGGGUCUCCUGGCGAGGUUUUUACCCGUCACCGGCUUUAGCGAAUACAAGCAUGUGGUGUGUUCAUCAAAUUCGUUUGGAUUUUGUUCUGCAUGUUUCAUUGUCUCUUGCCUUCUGCUGAGCUUGCCUCUGAGCAGCUCGUGUCUCAGAUUUCUUCCUACAAUAACCCAAAUUACCCUAUACUUGAGUCGAUGAACGUUUUUUUGGAAGUUGGAGAAAGAAAAAUCCCCCCCCCCUUAUACUCGAGAGAUCGCACUUAUAGCGAGGAAUAAAACAACCUCGUUCGAGGAGGACAAAUCCAUAACUUUAGGAUAGUUUGAGAAUUGAUUACGUUUAUGUGAUAUUAUUCGCAGUUCUUCUUUUCUGUCCUCAAGGAUGCGCUUAAAACCAACAAAAUCCCUUAGUUAUACUAUGCCCAAACAAGAAAUCGGCUCCUGCAACCUGAUGGCUGCUAUAACCCACAAACUGAGGAAGUGAUUAACUUUUAUUUUUGGUGGGGGGGGGGAGGCCUCUGAUAUUGUGUAUAAAAACCAGCGUCACAGCCCAAAGUUGUGAAGAGUUAGUAAGGUGUAUUUAUUGACUGAUGAUUUUUCCAUGGAACAAAAGAGAUUCUUAAGUGUUAGGUAGUGUGGA